AUGGAUACGCAGGAUUGUCCAGACUCGAUGAUCCAUGGCCAAGGGAGUAGUCACUUAAAUGAAGAGUCAAUAAGAACCUGUGGCCAACGGGGAGAUAUCCAGGACACAUCUUUCGACAAAUUCCAAUCAAAUGUCACUGACCAAAGCCGGAUCGAACGGGAACGCCAGCGCCACUUAAGAGAAGAGCACAAGAUUGGAAACAGUGACCAGAUAGCUUCGGCCGCUCUUCCGGGUACACAUGUGUCCGCUGCUGAUGAGCGCCCCAAGUCGCCGGACAAGUACCCUAGCCUAUCAUAUAGAUCGAGACAUCUAUCCAGAUCGGCUUCACCAGACUGCAUAGAUCAGUCAGAUCCAAGGAUUUCAUCCUUGUCGCCAUCCUCGAUCUUUGAGCGUGACGUACAAAAAGAUCUACUAUCAGUGCACACAUCACCCUCGAUCCCUUCACAUAUAAGUAUGGAAAACCAUAUUCCUCCCGUGCUGGAGGCAUCCUCUGUCGCAAUCACCGACGAUCGUCUCAGCCCAGAUACAGUUGAGAUCGUCACACAUAAUGUCCACCAAUCUGCUACAGCUGGAGUGUGCGGUGCUUUCGCGGUAGAGCCUUCACUUCCAUCUACGUGUUUUGAGCACUUUAGAGAUGGUUCGGAGGAUUUGGAAGAGCCUCAUUUGCCAUGUAAGGCUCUGGAAAGCACCAAUGUACGAAGGCUGAGCUUCGUGUCAUUCGCUGAUGUCGUAAAUGCUGAACACGCGGAAGCUACCGAUUUCCUGUCUAGUCGUGGCUCCUCUCACCAGUCACCCUCAAUCCGAAACAGUUCUCCAUCGCCAUUACGUUCACCAAGGCUUCUUCACGAAUUGGAUACAUAUCCGGUCACUAGCACCCCGAAUCCGAUCAAGGCAUCAGACCUUUCUUCAAGUAGAGAAGAUUUUGCUGCAGGUAGUCCACGAUUGGCCGCUCAAAGUUCAAUCUACCCUAACGUCGGUGGCGAGUUUAGCAUAGAGACGAUGCGACAGGCGUUGAGACGAACAGGUAGCCAGGACCUGAUCAUUUCCAAAGACAACUGA